AUGGGUAAUAAAGAUAAAUCCCGUGAGAUUGGUGAACACGCGGAUAUAGCAGGGGCAGGAGUGAAAUCACCAAACGAAAAGUCAGCUUUGUUACCUGGCUGGACCGCACAGCAUCAUCGACGUAACUCCCAACAGUAUACGACUGAAGUUGACGAUGAGCUUAUGGAAUUAGCUAAAAGAAAUGAUACUUUGUUACAAAGAUUGAACCUCGGUUUAGGAUGGUUAAAGACCACUCCUACACCUUCGAACUCGUCGAAUUCUUCUGAUGGAUCAGGUGGCAGAAAAGCCAGUGGGAAUACAUUAGAGAAAGGCCAGGGUAGAAGGAUUUUCUCUCCUGCUACACUGGCUUCUGCUACUGCUGCACUAGCUACCACCGGUAUAGGAAAUAAGAGAAAUAAGAGGAAUACCAAUCUCACUGCCUCUACUGAAGGUUAUGAAAGGGUCUUGGAGGAUGAUCAGCUGUUUUUCUCUGUUCCGCAAAGAAACGAGUCGUCCGAUUACUCGAGAUCUAGAACAAAGAGUGCGUCAAGGUCACCAUCGGUCUCUCAAGACUUAUCGCCUGGACAGAAGAGGUUAUCUCCACCUGCUCAGAUCAGGGGUAUGCGAUCUCAGACUUUCAGUGUUGGUAUACCGGUGACACCUGGCACAGAUGUACAAGAGCUUUCGAUGGAGAUAGGUGAUGGGACUAGACGAGCUAGAUGGUCUGAAGAUGGAGAAAGGAUUAGGUUUCCUGCUCCUCCUGAGACGGCUGGUGUGGGAUUGGGAUUGUAUGACGAUGGGACUUUUGGGAGACCCACUGAAUUAGGAGAAGGAGAUGAAGGAGAAAGAAGGGAAAGCUACAUGAGUGCCGAGACGGAAUACUACUCCGCGCCAUCUCAUAACUCAUCUCCCCAUGUCGCUUCACGCGGUAUUCCCAUCCCACGAGAUACAGAAGAAUAUCGUCACGUUUCAGUCUCAGCAUUCGGUUCGCACCCUUCUACGCCUACUCAACCCGGUCGAUUCAGUCAACAUGGUUCAUCGCAGUCUGACAGGGACGUCAGUCCAGUCAAACUAGUUUCUCCUCUUGCGUCACCUUCAAAAGAAACAAAAGCUAGACCUAUCUCAGGUAUAGGAAGUACUUUCCACUCGAUACGGAAUUUGUUCUCCUCAACACCCACGCCUUCUCCCGAUAUUCGAGAUCAAGGAAGUAGUAACAAAGAUAAACGGAGGAGUUACGUCGGACAACUACUUGUGGAUGAUAGGUUGAAAAAAAUCAGUAGAAGUAUGCGAGAAUUUGGAGAACCGCUGAAACUGGGUGCUUUGGUUGCACCAGCCUUGAUCUCUCCUCGCCCCUCUCACUCCUCCGAACAAGCUUCGCUCCAUCUUUCUAUCCCCUCUCAACACCACUCGCAUUCGUCCCACACCACCUCUGGCUCCUCCUCGAAUGACGCUACAGAAGCCUCCCACGAGCCUGUGGUAAGAGGUAAACGGAGUAAAGGGAUGUUAAUCCGAGCGUCCAAGAUUGGCGAAUUAUCUAGACCUCCACCAUUACCUAUCCAAGUCGCUAGUGGAAGCUCACAUGCGGGUGGUGGGAUAAGGGAGCAUCAUCAGAGAGAAUGGGAGGAGAAUGUAGAUGAAUUUAUGGGUGAGGGGGAGCUCUUACCGCCUUUGACGCCGGACUGGGAGGGGACGAGAGACAAGGGGAUGAGAUGGUCGGGUAGAUGGUCUAACAACUAA